GGGAGGAGAGUCGGCGGCCCAAGCCGUCACCCCGGGCGGGGAACGAGCGCUGGCGACGACGCGCGGAGGUCCUGCACGGGGAGGGAGGGAGCGAGCGGACGCGAGAGAGCGUGCGGGGCCGGAGGAACCGCUGGCUCCCGUGGGGGGCAGAACGAGGUUGUGAACCAUGGCAAUGUGGAUACAGGCCCAGCAGCUCCAGGGUGAUGCUCUUCACCAGAUGCAGGCGCUGUAUGGCCAGCAUUUCCCCAUCGAGGUGCGGCACUAUUUAUCCCAGUGGAUUGAGAGCCAAGCCUGGGACUCAAUAGAUCUUGAUAAUCCACAGGAGAACAUUAAGGCCACCCAGCUCCUGGAGGGCCUGGUGCAGGAGCUGCAGAAGAAGGCAGAGCACCAGGUGGGGGAAGAUGGGUUUUUGCUGAAGAUCAAGUUGGGGCACUAUGCCACACAGCUCCAGAGCACCUAUGACCGCUGCCCCAUGGAGCUGGUCCGCUGCAUCCGGCACAUUCUGUACAAUGAACAGAGGCUGGUCCGGGAGGCCAACAAUGGGAGCUCUCCAGCUGGAAGUCUUGCUGACGCCAUGUCCCAGAAACACCUUCAGAUCAACCAGACGUUUGAGGAGCUGCGCCUGAUCACGCAGGACACGGAGAACGAGCUGAAGAAGCUGCAGCAGACCCAGGAGUACUUCAUCAUCCAGUAUCAGGAGAGCCUGCGAAUCCAAGCUCAGUUUGCCCAGCUGGCCCAGCUGAACCCCCAGGAGCGCAUGAGCCGGGAGACAGCCCUGCAGCAGAAGCAAGUGUCCCUGGAGACCUGGCUACAGCGAGAGGCACAGACACUGCAGCAGUACCGUGUGGAGCUGGCUGAAAAGCACCAGAAAACCCUGCAGCUGCUUCGGAAACAACAGACCAUCAUCCUGGACGAUGAGCUGAUCCAGUGGAAGCGGCGGCAGCAGCUGGCCGGGAACGGGGGUCCCCCCGAGGGCAGCCUGGACGUGCUGCAGUCCUGGUGUGAGAAGCUGGCCGAGAUCAUCUGGCAGAACCGGCAGCAGAUCCGCAGGGCCGAGCACCUCUGCCAGCAGCUGCCCAUCCCAGGCCCCGUGGAGGAGAUGCUAGCCGAGGUCAAUGCCACCAUCACAGACAUCAUCUCAGCCCUGGUCACCAGCACAUUCAUCAUCGAGAAGCAACCUCCCCAGGUCCUGAAGACCCAGACCAAGUUCGCAGCCACCGUGCGCCUGCUGGUGGGUGGGAAGCUGAAUGUGCACAUGAACCCGCCGCAGGUGAAGGCGACCAUCAUCAGUGAGCAGCAGGCCAAGUCCCUGCUCAAGAAUGAGAACACCCGCAAUGACUACAGCGGCGAGAUCCUGAACAACUGCUGUGUCAUGGAGUAUCACCAGGCCACCGGCACCCUCAGCGCCCACUUCAGAAACAUGUCCCUAAAACGAAUCAAGAGGUCUGAUCGCCGCGGCGCGGAGUCGGUGACAGAAGAGAAGUUUACAAUCCUGUUUGACUCACAGUUCAGCGUCGGUGGGAAUGAGCUGGUCUUUCAAGUCAAGACCUUGUCACUCCCUGUGGUGGUGAUCGUUCACGGCAGCCAGGACAACAAUGCGACAGCCACUGUCCUCUGGGACAACGCCUUUGCAGAGCCUGGCAGGGUACCGUUUGCCGUGCCUGACAAGGUGCUCUGGCCGCAGCUGUGUGAAGCGCUCAACAUGAAAUUCAAGGCCGAAGUGCAGAGCAACCGCGGCCUGACCAAGGAGAACCUGGUGUUCCUGGCCCAGAAACUGUUCAACAGCAGCAGCAGCCACCUUGAGGACUACAACAGCAUGUCGGUGUCCUGGUCCCAGUUCAACCGGGAGAAUUUGCCAGGACGGAAUUACACUUUCUGGCAGUGGUUUGACGGUGUGAUGGAGGUGUUAAAAAAACAUCUCAAGCCUCACUGGAACGAUGGGGCCAUCUUGGGUUUCGUGAACAAGCAACAGGCCCAUGACCUGCUCAUCAACAAGCCAGAUGGGACCUUCCUGCUGAGAUUCAGCGAUUCCGAGAUCGGAGGCAUCACCAUUGCCUGGAAGUUUGACUCUCAGGAAAGAAUGUUUUGGAACCUGAUGCCUUUUACCACUAGAGACUUCUCCAUCCGGUCCCUGGCUGACCGCUUGGGGGACUUGAAUUACCUCAUAUAUGUGUUUCCUGACCGGCCGAAGGAUGAAGUAUAUUCUAAGUAUUACACGCCAGUCCCGUGUGAGCCUGCCACCGCCAAAGCCGCUGAUGGAUACGUGAAGCCGCAGAUCAAGCAAGUGGUCCCUGAGUUUGCUAAUGCAUCUGCAGACGCGGGGGGUGGCGCCACCUACAUGGACCAGGCUCCCUCACCAGUAGUGUGCCCCCAGGCUCACUACAACAUGUACUCACAGAACACCGACUCUGUCCUUGACACCGACGGGGACUUCGAUCUAGAAGACACGAUGGACGUGGCGCGGCGCGUGGAGGAACUCUUAGGCCGGCCCAUGGACAGUCAGUGGAUCCCUCAUGCCCAGUCAUGACCAGACCUUGCCACCUGCAGCUUCAUCAUCCUCGCGGAGGAACUUCUUGUGGAUGUUUUAAUUCCAUGAAUCGCUUCUCUUUGGAAACAAUACUUAUAAUGUGAAGUGUUAAUACUAGUUGUGACUUUAGUGUUUCUGUGCAUUGUGGCACCAGUGAAGGGAGUGUGUGUGAGUGUGAAUGUGUGAGUUUGCACGUUGUGUUUCCUCCCCCCCCACCCACCCCUUGCUGUCCAGUCUAAGCUGCAGUACCAGGGCAGGGGCCGAGCUUGUUUUCACCUCGUGCAAGAAGGCGGUCGGUCCCCUGCACCCUGGCACCUGGCCAUGUGUCUUAAGGGUGGCUGAACUUUGACACGCGACUGUUCAAGUAAGAAAAGGACAAAGAGAGGAAAAAGCACCUCCUCUCUGGGGAGCCUUCCUCCCUCAGCCAGGCAGUCCAUAGUCCAAGCAAGCUAUCAGUGUCUCCGCAUGUCUUCUGAAAUGUCGGUGACUGUCUGUGGAUGAAGAAAGCCAGUGACUCACGAGUCCCCUGCCCCCUUUGCACAUAUGGGAAGGGAAGCUGGAUGAAGAGCGUUGGGGCAAAGGCGGUCGCAGGUUUUUGGAUGGGUGGUGGCUGUUUCCACCACUUAACCCACCUCAACAUUGGCUCCUUGUCCUCCGCUUCCUCAGUCUCUCUGUUUCUAGAAUUGCCACUCAGCUUGUGUGUGUGUACUCGUGUGGAUAUGUUUAACAAAAUAAUGGAAAGGAAGGAGGGCCGCCCAGCUCGGGGCUUACUGGUGAUGUCCUGUGCUCUGCCAGCGUGGUGUGCGGUACCCAGUCCUGGCUCCAGACACUGGGCGUGGCCCGUCUGUGCUACCCUCUCCUACUCUGUGCUGUGGCGAGCCUGUGCCUACAUUAUCCAAGGCUUUUCUAGAAGCUUGUGGAUAAUGGCUUUCUGCAAAUGUCCAGUGGUGGUUUUGUUUCUAAAUCAGGUCUUUUUAUGUUUUUUCCCAUUUGCACCCUAAUUUGACAUCAAGUUCUCUCUUCCUGUAUCAAGUCCUGGGUCCUCUGUACCCAGGUCACCCCCUUUUCCCUCCAGUGUCACAGAGUGUCCUGAGGAAUAGGUGGUAGGGAUUGUGACCCGUACCUGGGGCCAGCCUGCCACGCAGGCAGCCACCACUAUGGGGUGCUGGGUGCUGUUGGGAGUUAGGGAAAUGCAGUCAGCAGGUUGCUGGGA